AUGGCCAACUCGGCCCUCAACGCCCUACUCAUUCUGGGCCUCUUGCUGGUCGUCCUCCCCGCGCAGGUCCAUGGUUUUGGUGCUGGCAACAUCGCUUCCAUCUCCGCCGUCGAGGGCAAGAACUGGCGCCAUGGUGAUAUCGAAGAUGUGCUCAAGACCGUCGCCUUUAUUAAAGGCCACGAGUGGACGUCGAUUAUGAUCAAGAGGGUUUAUUUUGGAAAUUGGUUGAGGGACUACUCCCAGGCUAUGGAUGUCGGCACGCUUAAGAGUCUUCCUGCGGAUACGAUUCGGAUUCUUGUCUGGAUUCUCUCGUUCAUGUCGUUCCGGUUUGCGACGGGCGAGUUUGAGGUUACGUCUGAUAGGUUGGGGGUGUAUCGCCCGGAGGAGCAUAUAGACAACCCCAAAGACUACGCCGAUAACAUGGAUGCCCGCCAGUACGACAAGCGCCUCCGUCCUCCCGUGCGCCAGGUCGAGCUCGACAUCGACCCACAGACCGGAAUGAAGAACUACAUCGCCAACGAGCGCGGCGACUGGGAUACAAGCGCCGCCUACGUCAAGCACAGCUUGUCUCGCAGCAUCCACUACGGACGCAUCUAUACCAGUUCGGGGCGCAAGGGAAAUGAGGAGGAUCUCGCUGAGGCGCUGCGCUGCAUGGGCCAGGCUCUGCAUACGCUGGAGGACUUUGGCGCGCACACGAACUACUGUGAGCUUGCGCUGCGCGAGAUGGGAUUUCAUAAUGUUUUCCCGCAUACGGGUGUUCGCACUGAGAUUAACCUCCAUGGUCGUCGUGUCUUUCCGCUUGUGACUGGUACCUUUGGUAUGGUGGAUUUCUUCCACUCGGUGCUUGGUGAGGCUACCGAUCAUUUCACCCAGUCGGAGGUUAACGAGAUGGAUAUUGCGCUGGGUGAUGCGCAGGCGAACUCAUCGGGUGGUUCCUUGGGUGCGUUUACGGGGCUGUUGGGCAAGAUUCCUGGAACCAGGGAUCUCGUCUCAGAGGCUGAGAACCUCAAGCGUGAGUCGGAGGCGCAGGAGACUUCCAACCGGAGCCGGGGUUCUCGAUCUGGCUACGCGACCCGGGACCUUGGAGAGACGAGCAGAUCGGAGCCAACCCAGCAAUCGUUGUCUGGUGGUGGCUCCUCAGUGCUGUCAGACUUCGACCCCAACAAGACAAUCGCCCAGAUUUACCCCAUCCUCGCAUUCCGGGACAAGGUCGUGCGCAAGCUCACCUCCAUCAUCGAGAAGAUCCCUGGUCUCGAAGCCGCCGUGGAGAAGAUCUCGGAUACUCUCACCAUCUUCGUCAUGUCACUACUGGCUCCGUUCAUUCGCCCGCUCAUCAACGCCGCUUCCAACUCGCUCCAGACUGGUUCCGCAGGCGUCAUCGAUGCAUCGGGCAAGCACCAGUAUGAACCCUGGACCGAUCCUACUUGCACUGACCCGACGCACUCGCUCCUCUCCAAGGACCACUUCUCCAACAUUCUCAACGAGCCUGCCGGUCACGUCGCAGCCGCGAUCGUGAAGUAUGUCGCUCCUCGCGUCUUGUACGCCUGGGAACACCCCAAUGUCCCUGAGCAGGAGGUCAUCCACGACUGUCUGCGUGUGUUCCACCACCCCGCUAUUCGGGACAUGCGCAACGAUGCCCAUCGCACCAUGUUCGAAGCGGUUGAAUCGUGGGUUCACGCCCGGAAGGACAGAGGCGCGAGCCUGAACGAUGUCCUCAGCUCUGAGGGUGUGAAGUCGGGCAAGAACAACGGCGGACAGGUCGGCCACUCGCACGGAUCUGGUGGAUUCCCUGUUAUGGGAGGUCAGAAUACCGGUGUUCAUCAACAGCAGCAUCAGUACUCAGCGCCGCAUCACCAGCAACAAUCGCAGCAGCAUCAAUCCAGUGGUGGCGGCGGAGGAGGAAUGCCCUGGGACUCGAUCUCUAAACUGCCCAUCCCGGGUAUCUCGAACCUGAACAAGUUUUCAAACUUCAUCCCGGGCGGUUUGACCAAGGAAGCAACGAACGAGCCGUCGUACUCCGGCUCCAGCAGCAGCCAUCACAACCCGUCGCACACCUCCCACGGCCAGUCAUCGUCGUACUACGGUUCCGGCGGUGGUCACCGCAGUACCCACAGUCACAACAGUGGCCAUGGAGGAUACGACGGCCACAGCAGCCACCAACACUCCGGUCAUUCCCAUAGCCGCCAUUCGGGACAUGGGCAUGAAUAUAGCCACUCGCACUCCCACCACCAGCCCAGCCACGGGCACUCGCAGGGCUAUUACCAGUCAAGCCACGAUCCGUACUCGCAGCGCCAGCACCACUCCCAUAGCCAUCAUCAUGGUUCGGGCUAUGGAGGUGGUUAUGGUGGGUAUGGAUACUAA